GUCACUAGGCCAUAAAAGAUGGUAUUUCCAAUAUGUCAGCCCCAAUUGGAGGCCAGUGGUCCGAGAGAGAAAGGGAAACAAGAAAGCGGGGAAAUUCGGACAUUAGCGAAUCCGCCCCUUCAAGCUGGUGCUCUAUUGGCAGGAAGACCCACCACGAGAGGGGGAGGUCGUGUUGACCAUUCAUCAAUAGCUCAUUGGCUCAUCAUUGAGUGCCAUUCCAUUCAGUUUAUCAAGUCUUGCACAAAAAAAGAAUGGGCCUCCAUUCAGCUUUGUUAAAGCCAACUCUAGGAGUAAAAUGCGCUAUUUGAAUCUGUUUUGCCCACGUUUUUUUUUCUUCUUUUUAUUACUCUUUCACUCUGUUAAUGCAGCCCUGACUUAAAUGAGUGCCUUUUAUUUGGCUGGUUUGAGUAUAUCUUGCUAUUAAUUCCCUAUGCAUUGAAAAAAGGUUGGCAGGCGGAUGGGGGUAGGAGAAGACUGCUUGGUUUGGUGUAUUGCUUUCAAAUGGAAUCAAUGAGGUUCCAGCUCUUUUAAAUUAACUCACUUAAUACCCACUGAGCAGAGUCAUGAAUUCACAUUGUAUCACAACAGAGGACUAUAAGUAGUGGGGAAAGUUGGAAAGACCCGGAGAAAGGACUUAAUUCAGACACUAUCGCACUGAGAAGCACUCCACAAUGCCAGACUCACCUGCUGAUGUGAAAACACAAUCCAGGUUGACACCACCAACAAUGCCACCUCCUCCAACCACGCAAGGAGCUCCAAGGACCAGUUCUUUCACCCCGACCACAUUAACCAAUGGCACCAGCCACUCACCCACAGCAUUAAACGGAGCUCCGUCUCCACCAAAUGGGUUUAGCAAUGGACCCUCCUCAUCCUCUUCCUCAUCAUUAGCCAAUCAGCAGUUGCCACCUGCCUGUGGCGCACGGCAGCUCAGUAAACUCAAGCGGUUCCUCACCACACUGCAGCAGUUUGGCAACGACAUUUCACCGGAAAUCGGCGAGAGGGUGCGCACAUUGGUGCUGGGGCUUGUGAACUCUACCUUAACCAUAGAAGAAUUUCAUUCCAAACUGCAAGAAGCUACGAAUUUCCCACUGCGACCCUUUGUCAUCCCAUUUCUGAAGGCCAACCUGCCAUUACUUCAACGGGAGCUCCUGCACUGCGCAAGGCUGGCCAAGCAGAACCCGGCCCAGUACCUCGCACAGCACGAGCAGCUGCUGCUUGACACCAGCACCACCUCACCUGUCGACUCCUCCGACCUGCUUCUGGACGUCAACGAAAACGGCAAGAGGAGAACACCCGAUAGAACCAAAGAGAACGGCUUUGAUCGAGAGCCUUUGCACUCAGAGCAUCCCAGCAAGCGGCCCUGCACUAUUAGCCCCAGCCAACGGUACAGUCCAAAUAACGGCUUAUCAUACCAGCCCAACAGUCUGCCUCACCCCACACCGCCUCCACCUCAGCACUACCGUCUGGAUGACAUGGCUAUCGCUCAUCACUACAGGGACUCAUACAGGCAUCCCAACCACAGGGACCUCAGGGACAGGACCAGACUUUUGGGGAUGCAUGGCACACGUCAAGAAGAAGUGAUUGAUCACCGGCUUACGGACAGAGAAUGGGCAGAGGAGUGGAAGCACCUUGACCAUGUAAGAAAACUGCUGAACUGCAUCAUGGACAUGGUAGAGAAGACGAGGCGCUCUCUUACAGUCCUGCGGCGAUGUCAGGAGGCAGACCGCGAGGAGCUCAAUUACUGGAUCAGGCGGUACAGCGAUGCUGAGGACCUCAAGAAAGGGACGAGCACCAGUACCAGCCACUCCAGACAACAGAGCCCUAUCAACACAGACCCCUCACUUCCAGAAGCUCACCGCGAACUCCUUCACAGGCCCACCUCUGGAUAUGUGCCGGAAGAGAUCUGGAAGAAAGCUGAGGAGGCGGUGAAUGAGGUGAAGCGGCAGGCGGUGUCAGAGCUGCAGAAGGCCGUGUCCGAAGCUGAGCGGAAAGCCCACGAGAUGAUCAGCACAGAGAGGGUGAAAAUGGAACGCACCGUCGCCGAGGCCAAGCGACAGGCUGCAGAGGAUGCGCUGAGCGUCAUUCACCAGCAGGAGGACUCCAGCGAGAGUUGCUGGAACUGUGGGCGCAAGGCCAGCGAAACAUGUAGCGGCUGUAACACUGCAAGAUACUGCGGCUCUUUCUGUCAACACAAGGACUGGGAAAAGCACCACCACGUGUGUGGGCAGACCCUUCAGGCCCAACAGCAGCAGCAGCAGCAGCAAGGAGAGACUCCAGCAGCAGCAGCCAUCUCCUCAGCAAAACCCUGCAGUGGAGCAGGGAGUCCGGUCAGCACGCCUCCAGCCGCCACUCCGAGAUCAACAACCCCAGGCACUCCCUCCGCCACAGAACCCACCACGCGCUGAGACAAGGAGAAAAUAUAAAGGAAGCAAAAUUAAAACAAACAAACAAACAUGUCCUUGUAUGCUCAAAGAUUAUAAACUAUUAUACUGCAAAAAAGAAGGAACUUAUCCUGAAGUAGUAGUGAAACACGGAAGGCCAGUAACGGGUCAUAUUGACUUAUCAUGAUGAAAAACACAAAGAUUUUCUUUGUUUUUGUUUUGUUUUUUUUCCUAUAAAAAAACAAAAAAAAUAACAUAAAAACUGAAAAGACAGCAGAGAAUAACAAAAGAGUAGAUUUGACCUCCACCCCUCUGUUAUUUUUCCAGUAGCUGGGAUUUUAAACUAGAUGACCUCAUUAACAGAUGCUUAACCAAACAGCAAACCAAGGGAUUGCUAAUUGCUGUUGAAAGCAAAAAUGCUAAUAUUCAAAUAUGAGAAAGGGACACCUUGUUCUUUGUAACAAUGAUGGAAAAAAGAGAGAUAAAAACCCUCAAGGGCAUGAGUGUUGGAUAGAGCGUAGACAUUCUAACUAGACGACGAAUGGCAUACAUGGGUUACUGACUGAACUUUGAAGACCGGCAAUGAAACGCGCACAUGAGCAGCAGAUUGGAAAGAAACACAGAUGUUCAUCCUUUUUUUUUUUUUUUUUUUUUUUUACUUCUGGAA